UUAACAAAAUUAAAUCCAAAUGUAUUUAAAUAUUAUUGUUUAGAAAAAAAUGAAAAUAAUAAUAUUUGUUCAAUUAAAUUAAAUGAUUAUCAAUUAAAAUUUUUAUCAUUAUCAUCAAAUACUAAACUUGUUAAAUUAAAUAUAUUACUUGAAAAUGAUUAUUAUCUUCAUUCAAAAGAACAAUUUUUAUUUCAAUAUUUACAAAUCUUAAUAGUUAAAUAUCAUUCUUUAACAUGGGAAAAACCAUUUAUUAUUUGUCAAUAUUUAAAACAAAUUAAAAUUCAUCUUAAAAAUCAUUGGAAUCAUUCACAAAGGAUGAUCAAAUUAAUUCAUUUGGAAAACUAUCAAAUCCAUUUUUAA